CGCACAAUGCUUCGUUGUCGGCCUCCUAAGAAGGACGGCAGAAUAUGCAAAGGAGAUCAUUGUAGCUUAACUCCCAGCAUAAGCCUCUUAUUGGCUGAUAAUUGGCAGCUGAUGAAGCAGCGUGACGAAGCAGCUAAGCUAUUGCUAUGGUCAUCUCGUACUGGGGUGUUGGUCUAUGUUAAUGCAAAAGCAAGAGAAGCAGCAGAUUCGCCUGUUGUUUUAUUUAGGUGAUUUUUGGUUGAUUCUUGCUGAGAAGAUUUUAUCGAGAGCAAACGGGAGAACAAGGAAGACGGAGAAGGUAGGUAGAAGGGGGUGCUCGGUCGGGAAGGUGUGGGCGAUGCCCGCAGCGAUGCGAACACUGCAUGAUCUGGCCAGGUGUUGUGAUUGGACUGGGCCAGUACAAAGACUAUCUGUAGGUUUAUUGUCCGACAAUAAACACUAUAAGGCUCGACGUGAUUCUAUCAGAUCAGACCAAGGUCAGCAGAAGCAGAGUCUAAAGUCCUAUUCAGUCACCGCCCCCUGCCCCCCGCCAAACCAAAAAACAACACGGCAAGGCCGGCGAAGCAACCGACGAUUUAUUCAUCUCCGGCUCAAUCUCUUGAAGCUCGUCACUCUUCAGGUAGUAGCCAUCUUUGCUUAGAACCCAGGGGAAGCUGGAUCUUUCAAGCUGGAGCCUUUAGUGGUCUUUCCAGUUGAACUUUGCGAACCUUCUCCGCUCGCAUUUAUUUGUACGUGGCUGACGUCCGUAGGACUACCCUGCUGUGUAACUUUAUCAACCGAGCUUUGCAUUGCGACCAUCGAUA